ACGCGUAUAUAUAAAUCAAAACAAUCGCGUGUUUGUGUUAUUACAGCAAAACGAUUCGUGUCGAUCGCCUGCCGGACGGCCGAAAACUAUACGCGGCUGACGUACGCCGUUCGGAAGAAGACGUAUGGCAAACAGCUAUCGCCAUAGUUGUCCCUCGGCACAGACGUCUAACCGUUCGUCCGACAACGGCCGGGAUGACUACCGUCCGAAAUAUCAGUUGUCGGAAGUCGAUCAUUGCGGGCUACACGGCGGUCACGGCGGAUACUUGUCGCUCGUCGUGAGCUGGCUGCAGCGGGCGUUCUGCUGCCACCGCGAAGUCGGGAGGCCGACGGAUCCGCGACCCGCACGGGUCCGAUUUCCCAAAAAACUUGUCGUUUUCGUGGAGCGCGACCGCAAAGGCAACGUUUACGCCGUCCUGGAAAAGCCUUCGUCGUCUCUGCAGUCGCCGAAAACGCACGUCCGCGAUAAUGUCACCGAUAUUUUAACACGCCUUUAUGGGUCUCCAACGCUCGUUGCGUACACACAACAGCGGUUGAUGGCGGUGGCGGCGACGACGACAAUACCGACUGCGACGACGACCCCUUUUUGGAUGGCCCUUGUUUGCGGUCUGCCGUUUCACGGGGUUCAGACCGAACGACAGGCCGCGUGUUAAACGGCUAAUAAUGUAAUGACUCAAAGGCACGCCACCCCAUUCAUCACCUGCCGCCACCGCUGCUACCAUUGGAGACUGAAGCAUACUUGUACACUUCAAUUCGCAUUUUUGUACCUAAUUUAAUAUAGAACUAUGCGUGCUUUUAUAUUAAAAAAAAAAAAAUCAAAGUGGUGACGACAGCUUUUAACGCCGGUUUUGGUGUACGUACAAUUUAUAGUCGAACGGAUUUUCGUAACGACGAUACGAUGUUAUUCUAAACAGUACCUUAGCAUGGUUACCGCCUAUAGCCCUAUGGUUUCGUAAAUAUUAGCCAGGUGGGUUACGGCGACGGUUCACAGUUAAAUACCAAACUGAGGAAGUUAUAUAUAUAUAUUAAAAUAAAAACAGAUUAUUUUAUAUAUUUCAACGUUUUUUUUUUUAGAAAUAAUAAAAUUAACAAGUGUCAAA